AUGAAGCUCUCCACCAUCUCCCUCCUCCUCCUCCCCACCCUCGCCCUCGCCGCCCCCUCAGAGAACGGGGCGUUGGAGAAGGAGGGGGAGCGCGCGGUGGGCGAUUCGACCUCGGUUGUCAGUUUGAAUGAUGAUUCGUCGACGCUUUCCUCGCUUGUCGUAUUCAACCCAUCUUCCUCCGCUGCCGCCGCUGCUGCUUCUGCUUCAGGCUCCGGCGCUGGCUCUUCAGCGGCAGCGUCGUCGGCGGCUGAAUCCGCCAAAACCAUCACAUCCGGUGAAUCCCUCGCAUUCACCCCGGGGGCGUCUAGCACUUCGACACUGUCUUUUAUUGGUAAUGUGUCUACCGCCACUGGGGCUGGGGCUGGGGCUGGGGCUACAAGCGCGCAAGGAAGUGGGAGUAGGGUGGCGGCUGCGGCGGGGACGACGACGGCGACGGGGGCGACGGGGAGUGCACGUUCGAGUUCUGGUGCUGUGGUAGGGAGGGGUAUGGCGUGGGGGUGGGGUGGGGUUGUGGGUGUGUGUGUUGCUGGGUUGAUGCUGUUUUGA